CUCAAAGCGAAACAGAACUAAGCUCACACAGCACAGACAGCCCAAGCAUCCCAACCAAAAUCACACUCCACUCGCCGUCGCACGCUGCUCCGCCAGCUGACCCAUAGCCAUGGCUUCACGAGCUGCCGCUGCUCUCCGAACGGCCGGCCUGCAGGGCUACCGCAGGUCGGCCUCAACCGCGGCCGCGCACGCCGACGGCGGCGCGGGCGCGGCGAGGACGAAGGCGAAGCACGUGGGCGACUACGUGCCCAUCUACGUGGCGCUGGGGAUGAUCGGGCUGUCGGUGACGCUGGGGCUGCACACGGCGCGGCAGCAGCUGGCGCACGCGCCCAACGUCCGCCUCGACAAGCGCAAGCGCGAGACGGUGCCCGAGGUGGCGGACCCGGACCUCGUCAUUGACGACGUCGAGCGCUUCGUCGGCAGCUCCGUCUUCCGGAAGGUCGCCCACGUCCAGGAUGACCGCUCUCUCGCGGCCGGCGUCGCCGACCCCGUCGCCGACUACCCGGUAAGGAAGGCGGUGACGCUGAAGGACGUCGGCGUGGCACCGCCCGGGAUCCCCGGGCAGGGCAGGGAGGGUGUCCUCGAGAGGAUCUUCAAGAAGAACACCACUUAAUUAGAGUAGUACACAGGACCAUCGUCGUGGCUCGAUCUGCUACUUCCACUCUGUUUUUAUUUUGCGUUAAUCUAGCUUUGCACUUCAAUCAGAUCGGUUAAUGUAGUCAGAUCGGCUGCCCUUUUUAAAAAGAGCCGAUCGAUGUAUCACAGAACUUUGAAGUUUGAUCAGACUGUACAUAAACUUCGUUUCAAAAAAAUAAUACUGUACAUAAACUUUGCUUU